CGAUACGGAACUGGCUGCGGUCCCGCGACCUCCCAAAAUUUGUAUGAGCGCGAUCCGUAGCCAUUUUGGCUCAAGCGCAGCUCGAGCUGGCCCCCCCCAUGGUGCAUACUGGCGCGCGCCCGGGGCGCCAGCUCGAACUCCAAUGGCGGCGGUCAGCGGCGGUGAGCUGCUGCUGCCCAAGGUGCGGCAUGACGAUCGCGCUCCUGGGUCUCCACUAACGCAGGACAUCGCACGCCAUAAGUGCAGCGCAGGAGAGAUGCCCUUCUACAGUGCGGUUUUCAACCUCACAAACACAAUCAUAGGCACCGGCACGCUGACCAUGCCUUUCAUCUUUGCGCAGGUCGGCUGGCUGGCUGGUAAUGUAAUUUCUGUUGUUGUCAUGCUCUUCACACUAUUCUCAGCGUACCUGCUUGUCGUUGCGAGUGACAAUGUCGGUGGCGACGGUGCUCGCAGCUUUGAGUCGCUCGGCUACCUCUGUUGUGGUGCUCUUGGCUCUGUGUACGCCGAAUGCACUUUCAUAUUUGGGGGUCUCGGCACUUGCACUGGCUACAUGAUCUUCAUCGGCCAGCUGAUAGCCCAGGUCACUGGUCUCGGGGUCGGCCAGGCUUACAUUCCGAUUAUGCUAGCCAUGUUGUUCAUUGUUGUUCCGUUGGCUUGGCCACGGAAUAUUCAUGCCCUCCGCUACACAUCUGUCUUAGCUAUCGUGGCGAUAUUGUACGUGGUCGUCAUGUACGCCUACCUCUGGGCGACAAUCGGGCGGUACAACUACCCCUCCCACAGGGAUGUUUACAAGGAGCCCCACGAGAUCACCGUGUCGCUGCUUUCAGUCAAUUCUUUGAACUUGCUGAUUGGUGCUUACUGCGUGCAGAACACUUGCCUCCCAAUAUACGGUGAGCUGCGGUGCAGAUCGCCCAAGAGGAUGAUUGGUGCCACCGCUUGCGCGAUGUUGGUGUCGUUUGCAGUUUACGAGGUGAUCGGGCUCAGUGGCUAUUUCCUGUUCGGUGGUGGGGUGCCAAGCAACUCGCUGCUCAGCCUGGACGAAGACUUCGUCAUCGCGCACCCGUGGACCAAGUGGGCCCGAGGCGUCGCAAAGGUUUUGAUGUCCUGCUCGAUCGCGCUGUCCGUGCCUCUGGCCAUUUGGCCAUGCAGAUCGGCCAUCUGCUCCGUGAUUAUGCGCGCCCGCGUGGGCUGCCUUGGCCCCGCGCUCGGGUCCGAGCUUGCAUCGGACGGCCUGUUCCACGGAGUUACAUUGGUCUUCCUGGCCAUCGUCACUCUGCUCGCCCUCCUGAUCCCUGACGUCACGAUACCCUUGGGUCUGGUUAACUCCUUGGCUGGAGGCAGCAUGAUAUUUGUGAUGCCGGGCCUGUUCUAUCUCGGUUCCCUGGAGAAGCAUCGUCGGUUUUCUUGGUCCAGCUUCCACGCUUUCGCCAUGAUCGCUGCUGGCCUGGCCGUGUGUGUUUUGGGUUUUGGCCUGCAGUUGAAGAGCAUCCUGCAUCAGUUCGGCACUGACGGAGCUGGCACGAAUGCAUCCUGAUCUCUUCAAUCGUAUUGUUUGCGCCAGCCGCGCUGCUCGUUUGCGGCAUGUCAGUUGCUGGCAGCCGCGCCGAGCUGGCGCGUGCAGUCGUUCGCCCUCUAGUGAGUCGGGCUGUACCUGUGGCAACCUUCGAGAAGGCCAGGCCGCGGAGUGCGGAACACCUCCCAGUCCCACCUCCCAUGCUUCUUCCUCCUACUCCUGACCUCCAGCUCGGCUGUCCAGCGGCUGUUUCAAGCAGCUGUCGACAAGUGGGUGUAGUGGACGUCCUGGAGGGCAGAGCGGGUGGGGGGGGGA